AUCCGCCGCACGGUCAACUGGGGCUCCUGCUGGACCGGGAAUGCAAACGGCGACGAAUUCUGCCUGGCCCUAGGUGCUGCAGAUGCAAGAGUUGGCUUGGAAGCACUGGGAGUCAGUCUUCGCGAACCCGAGGACACCAUGAUAUUGUUCACCUCUUUGGAGGUUUGCACCCGAUUCCAGACUGUUGCUUUGGCUGUAAGGAGAGCGAUCGAGUCCGAACUGCAGCUGUCUGGAAAAAGGGGUGUCAGUGAGCGCUUGGGCGGAGGCAAGAAGGGCGAUGAAAGCUGA